AAAAAGAAACAAAAAAAAAAAUUAUUUAUUUUUGAAAGGUUGGACAUUGGGUAUCCCGAUUUGAGACUCGAGAGGGAAGGGGCGAUAUUUCCCGCGUUUUGAAAGCGGAUAUCCUUCGCGAAACUCCACUGCCGAGGUUCAGAAUGCCGGAGCUGAGUUGGAGACAUCACACUCUCAUUCAAGCGCUACUCGCACGCGGCCCACUCAGAGAGGAUCACUUCCAUCUGCUGUUUACGCGGAUCACUGGAAAGACUCCAGAUAAUGACCAGCAGCUUUUUAAUAGUUACCUCCUGACAAUAAAUAAAGCACUUUCUUUUGCUCAGUUUGAGUUGAGAGGCUGCAGAAACCAAUAUGAUGGUCGUGUUUACUAUGGCUUGGUCAAUAAUGUUUCUGACGAGCAAUCCAAACUGGGAACAAAGUAUUCAGUUCCACAGAUUGCCUUUUAUAAAGCCAUUGUUGAAGCAAUUGCACAAGAUCCAUCUGCUCAAGGUGGAAUAUCCAACAUUUCUGCUCUUAAUCUGCAGUUGGAAAAUCAGAUGGGGGAUACAGGGUCCCAGUCCCAAGUCAUACCAGCUGCUUUCAAGAAUUUCUCAAUCUCUCUCAAGGAAAAAACAAUUGCCGAGCUUGCUCAGGAUAAGUGGCUUAGUUGCAGCCCUGAUGGUUUUGUAAAUUUGGGUGUCAGAUCGUUUCUUGAUUUGCGAAGUUGGUUUCGCAGUAAUGAUGUACCUUCAUGUGAAGUGUGCAAUGAAGCUGGUGUGAAGGCAGAGUUGUGUAAUACUGAAGAUUGCACUGUCCGUGUACAUCGGUAUUGCCUUAAGAAAAUGUUAUCCAAUAAAAAGAGUAAAAGGGCUUGCCCAGGUUGUGGCAUUCAAUGGCGAUCUACAGCAUCCAAUAUAGAGUCCAGGGAGGAAGAGGAUGAGCCAGAUACACACACUCAAGACCAACCAUCAUCACAUAAGAGGAAGAAAUCCAGGUUGAACAUAGAUAUUGAUUUAGGAUCAAACGAAGACUGUAUGGCAGAAGCUUUCCAACCUCCAGCUUCAAGGAGAGCAACACGAAGAUCUGCACGCCCGCGUUAGGUCUUGGAAUGAGGUACUGUUAUUUUAAUAUGGUUUCAUGGAUCCUAUUAUUAAUUUAGGAGUUGUAAAGUGUGCAGCAACUACACUUUUUGAUGUCGUGUCAAAAUUGUCACCCUAUUUAGAUUUAGUUGAAGGGUCUUUUUGAAGUUUUUAUACCCAGAAUUGGAAUGUAAAGUGCAUUACUCUAUGUAAGCCAGAUGUAAAAGUUUCUUUUACCUCUCUUAGACUGUAGUUAAAUGCAAGGAACCUGCUGUUCCAUUGUAAGUAUUCAAUUUUUUUGUGCCUAAGCUAGUUUGAUUGUGUUCA